AUGGCUGGCGAUGAAAUACUGCCGCAAGAAACAGAAGGUAAAAAUUUACCUACGUCCAGCAUUGACAGAAAUCGAAGCCAGGAUGAAGCACAAGAACAAGAACCAGCUGAACCGAGGCAAAGAUUAACUGAAUCAAGUGGCAUUGAAUUGAGGCGUAGGGAGUGUGCUGAUCAGCGUCGAAAAAUGUUGGGAAUUAGUGACGAGGGAUCUGAUAUUAGGAAGCUUUCUUUCCGUCAAAGAUUUUACAAGGCAGUGCGAGAGCGAGAGGUAAAUACGGUGAAACGGUUGCUUGCAAUUGACAGCUCGCUGCUUCGCACAAGAUUCACAGCAUUCGAAGCCAACGCUUUACAGGUCGCAGUGGUCGCUGGACAAAAAGAGAUUUUUCUCGAGUUAAUGAAAAAAGUCGAUGACCACGGUAUCUUGAAACAGGAGAACACGUACGGAGACACAAUACUUACUCUUGCAGUCGCCGAAGGCAGCAUCGAGAUUGUGAAGGAAUUGGUGCAUACAUGCGUUGAACUGGUGGACAUUCCCAAUAAAAAUGGAGACUUACCCAUCACUGUGGCUGCUUUAUUUGGAAAGGAGGAAAUUGUUGACUUUCUGUUGGAUCUUACUUUGGAAAUGUUUGAGUCGAAUCCAAGCUACGGGGAUGUUAGAGAAGAAGAAGGAGUGGUCGUGACUAAUUCAACUCACUCGAGUCAACAUGAUGAUGAUUUCAAGGUUCUCAAAGUGUCCACGACUACUCAAGUCUCUGGACAUGAUGAGUCUGUUAAUGAAGAUAAGGAUCAAGCUCAGCCUGCUUAUCGAAGCACGCAUCAUUUUCUUGUAUGUCUUGAAAUUUGUUGUGGAAUCGGCUUUCCAUUGGUAGAGUUUGGAACGACAGUUGAAUCAUGGCUUGUGAACAAAUUAGAAAAAUCGGUGACGUCUCGAAGGUUGUUGCGUCGGAUAUGCAGGGAGAUAAUGGAAUCAGAAAACCAUUACGAAAUCAUACAAAAGGUGUUUUUAAGACCAAUCUUAAUUGCCGUGGAACAAGAUAAUAGGAGUUUCAUCGACACAAUUAGGGAAUUAUGUCCAGAUGCAUUGUGGGUUAUACUCGAUGAAUUAUAUAAUUCUGACAUGGCCCUUUCCAAAGAUAUCUUCAAAAUCUACAUUUCUGCAUUGAAAAAGCCUGAAACUGGCUUUUUAAAUACCAUUCGGGCUGAUAGAAAUGGAAACACAAUCCUCCAUCAUGCCGCAUUGUUAUCAUCAACCAAGAAGCUUAGCCGCUUUCCUAGUCCAUCUUUACAAAUGCAAAGCGAGAUACAGUGGUUUAAGAAAGUGGAGAAGAUUUUAACCAUGUGCAAAGGAGUAGAAAACAAGGAUAACCUAAUUCCAAUGGAUUUAUUCGUACAAGAACACAGAAAGCUCAAGAAAGUUGCGGAGAAAUGGUUGAAGGAGACAGCAACAUCUUGCUCGCUACUGGCAACUCUUAUUAUCACCGUAAUGUUUAGUACAGCAUUCACUGCUCCAGGCGGCUAUGACGACGAUACAGGCAGUCUCGUAUACUUGGGAUCAAAAUACUUCACUGUCUUCAUAAUUUCAGAUGCAUUAUCAUUGUUCUUUUCCUGCACUUCGGCUAUGGUAUUCCUGGGAAUUUAUACUUCACUCUUUCGAGAAGAAGAUUUCCUGAUAAGGUUGCCAUUUACCUUGAUAUGCGGCCUUUCCACUCUCUUCCUAUCUAUCACAACGAUGGUGAUAGCUUUCAGCGCUGCCCUCAUCCUGACUCUGAGCGACCACUAUGUGUGGAUUACUUUGCCCGUGCUCAUGUUAGCAAGCAUUCCAGUCAUCAUUUAUUCUGUAUUGAACAUCACUUAUUGA